UAUGCAGCCUUCGCAUUGUUCUAUGUGGCAAUUUUGUUACUACUUUCGGCCAAGGAAUGAUCUAUGUAACAAAAUUUGCUGGAUACUUUUGUUCCGUUUUGUAGCUCGGUUAUAAAGUAACCGUCAUCUUUCGGCACUGGAGCACCGGCUGCUAGCCACCGCAAGCUACGCUAGGUAGACUCAGUGAGAGGAGAACUGUAAGAGAGGGAGAGAAGAGAUCGGUGUGAGAAGAGGAGAACCUCAGUAGGUCGAAGAGAAGAUUGGUGAGAGAAGAGUGUCCAGUAGUGUGGGCAGAGAUGGGAGAACCAGAGCCCCUUAAGUUUGUUUCACUGGAGGAGGAGGUGGACUACUGGAAGGAACAGGUGGCCAAGCACCAACAGAGGUCUGAGGAGGCGCAGGAGGAGCUGCAGGAGUUCCAACAGAUGAGUCGUGACUACGAGGUAGAACUGGAGAUGGAACUCAAGCAGUGUGAGACACGGAACCAAGAACUCCUCACACAGAACAACAGGCUACACAUGGAACUGGAGAACUACAAGGAGAAGUAUGAAACGCAGCACUCGGAAGCAUACCGUCAGAUCUCUACUCUGGAAGGAGACCUGGCUGAGACCACGGCCAUCAGAGACCAGCUCCAUAAAUACAUCAGAGAGCUGGAGCAGGCUAAUGAUGACCUGGAGAGAGCCAAGAGGGCUACCAUCAUGUCUCUGGAGGACUUUGAUCAGAGGAUGAACCAUGUGAUAGAGAGGAAUGCCUUCCUGGAGAGUGAGCUGGAUGAGAAGGAGAGCCUACUGGAGUCAGUUCAGAGACUGAAGGAUGAAGCCAGAGAUCUAAGACAGGAGUUGGCAGUCCAACAGAAGCAGGAAAGACGACCGUCCUUCACUGUCACCAAAGACUCUCUCUCAGACAAGACGGAGGACAAAACAUCCCUCACUACCUCCCAUUCAUUCACACGACCCCCCUCAUCCCUCCGUUCCUCCCCUCCUCCUGCUCUCUCCUCCUCAGCUCUCCUCUCCACCCCCUCCAGACCACCCCCAUCCUCAGCAAGCCCCUUCACCCCCCCCCCACCCUCUUACAGCAGAGGUGACGGCCCAUCAGGUACUCCUCUCACUGCGUCGGCACGUAUCUCAGCUCAAAACAUCGUAGGAGAACUGCUGAGGAAAGUCGGGAACCUGGAGUCUAAACUAGCAUCCUGUAGGGAGUUUGUCUAUGAACAGUCUCCUGGUCGCAGUACCCUCUCUGGGGGACAGGGGGCGCCACCCAUCCAGAGAGGCACUUCUUCUGACACACCGUCCGCCACCAACGGACUCUACGAGAAAGGCAUGGUGAAGAGACUAGACUUCGGACCAGGACCCAAAAUUAUUCUGUGAACCACCCCCCCCCCCCACCUCCGGUUAGCUACAGCGUGCACUAAUGAAUGUGUCCCUGCCCAGCACAGUCUCCCUUGGCCACCAGGCUUGUAUCACAGCUUUCAGCUUCCAAUGGGGUUUAAUGUACUAGCAUACAGCUCUCUCACUCUGGUGGAAUGGAAUGGACCAGAUCAUUGGACAUCACUGAAGUGAGUCUAGAGUUCUAGAACUGUUCUAGAAUGUCAUUGAGACAGAACCUCGCCAUCUAAUGCAAUGGAUCGUCAUAGAACGUCAGUGUUGAUAUCAACUGUUCUAGAGCGUCGUUGAGGUGCUUUGAUGACGUCACGGAUCAACGGUACUCCUUCCCUCUACGCUUUACCCAGGAUGCUUUGCCCUGCGGGUUUCUCAUCGAGGACAGAGAGGCUCCUAGGAGCGGGGCUUAUGGCACGGGCACUUCCUGUUGGAACUAACCUGUAGCGGACCCAUAUCUGGUCAAAAGUAGUGCACUAUGUUGGGAAUAGGGUGCCAUUUGGAACUUUAACCACGUGUUGUUUUGUUAUAUUUGCUGUGUUCUGUUUUGGACGUUUCUGUUCCUUUUGAUGUUUAUGGAGGAAAAAGUGUUGUUACUGGAAUGGAAGGUUAUCCACACAAUAAUGAUGAUUUAUAUUUCAAAUGUUUUAUUUUACUUCACAUGAAUACAACCCCUUGUUUUGUCUGCUAAUCUUUGAAGAAUAAUAACGAUAAUACUGUAACUGACUGAACAGUGACACCUACUGGUUAAGGAGAGGAAGUGGAAGGAGGAGAGGGUCAGGAGUAGGGUUGCAAAAUUCCAGUAACUUUCCCAAAAUACCCAGGUUUUUCAGAAAUCCUGGUUGGAAGAUUUCCAGAAUCAGGGUGUAGUAAGCAGGAAAUCUGGAAUCCUUCAGCCAGGAUCUCUGAAAAUCCAGGACAUCUUGGGACUAGUCAGGAGGCAGUAGGAAAGUUGGUGUAGGGAGGUUGGGUAAGGAAUAGAUAGACUUUGCACCUUUUAUUGCAGGUCCAGGAUCAGAUGUUGUUUCUCUAAUGGUUAAGGGUGGGAUUGGGGUUAGGGUAAUCUGAUCCUAGAUCUGUGGGUGACUUCUACCUCGCAGGAAAAGUGAAGGUGUGUUUGGUUAGGUUGGGGAAUGUGUUGGGCAUAGAGGUGGAUAGAGAGCUCUUCUUUGCAUUGCCAUAAUGGCUUCUGUGACCACAUGGGCAGAUUUCUCCAUUUUAAAGUAGUCAAGUUCUUCUUCAACCGCUGAGUCUGUAAAGCCAAGGUUGGUGAUUUAAUGCCACCUGCAGUUAUGUAAUGUUUGCUAAGGAGUAUAAUUCCAAUGGCUGAUCAAUCCUGCUGACCUGGAUGGAAUUCUGUGAUCCUUUCCUAACCCAUAGCAAGUCCCAGCCAGUUGACUACUUCAAAAUGUUGAAAGUCCCCAGUGGCUCACUCUGCCCGUGCUAAAACAGGCUUUGUGGCACGUGAGCCAUCUAUCCAAGUCUAUGGUGUUGAGUGGGUGCCAUUUCACCAGAGCUACUGAUGGCACCUCAUCCUGGUCAAACCUGACUGAACGCAAGCCUGCGCUCACCUUUUAGAGCUUCAACAUGGCUAGGCUGAUAUUUUCAACAGGGCUGAUAUUUUCAACAGGGCUAGGCUGAUAACUUCAACAGGGCUAGUCUGAUGGCUUCAACAUGGCUAGUCAGAUAUUUUCAACAUGGCCAGUCUGAUAUCUUCAACAGGGCUAGUCUGUUAUCUUCAACAGGGCUAGUCUGUUAUUUUCAACAGGGCUAGGCUGAUAUCUUCAACAGGGCUAGGCUGAUAUCUUCAACAGGGCCGGUCUGAUGGCUUCAACAUGGCCAGUCUGAUAUCUUCAACAUUGCCAGGCUGAUACCGUCAACAUGGCCAGGCUGAUAUCUUCAACAUGGCCAGGCUGAUACCUUCAACAUGGCCAGGCUGAUAUUUUCAACAUGGCCAGGCUGAUAUUUUCAACAUGGCCAGGCUGAUAUCUUCAACAUGGCCAGGCUGAUAUUUUCAACAUGGCCAGGCUGAUAUUUUUAACAUGGCCAGUCUGAUAUUUUCAACAUGGCCAGUCUGAUAUUUUCAACAUGGCCAGUCUGAUAUUUUCAACAUGGCCAGUCUGAUAUUUUCAACAUGGCCAGUCUGAUACCUUCAACAUGGCCAGUCUGAUACCUUCAACAUGGCCAGUCUGAUAUAACAGAGUUAGAUUACCAAAGUUAAUGGUGCCUUCUUGAACUAUAAUUUGUUUAAACUAUAGCAAUACAGUUUGAUUAUUUUACUAGUAGAAAUCUUGAAUGAAUCAAUGAAUAAACAGUGUUGUAAAGUAAUCCACGUUGAGAUUGAAGCUGUAUUUUAUGUUUCUAAGUAGACAUUUUUAUAUUUGGUUAUGAACUCAGACAGCCAGGUAUGUUGUACAGAGGGUAGUCAAGAUGUAUUUUUGUUAUGUUUUUGCCUUACCUGUGAAUGAUUAGGGCUGCAAAAUUCCCACAUAUUCCAGAAAUCAUGGUUAGAAGAUUCACAGAAUCAAGCAGGAAUAAGCAAGAAAUCCAGAAUUCCAACUGGGAUUUUCUGGAAAUCCUAUGAUUUCUUUUGUUUUAAUUACUGGAAUUAUUCAACCCUAUGAAUGACGCUGUGGUUUGGAACCUCUGGUUUUUAACCCAUACAAGGUGACAAGUGUUUUAACAUAUUGUGUAUGGCGGCGCAAGUGUAACAACGUUUAUUUGGCUAGGAUAAACCAGUGGUUCACAACCUUUACUUUACACCACCAAGUACUGUACACCAUGCUCUCCCCUAUACCUAUACUCCCCCCAAGGGUUCUAGUACCACUGGUUGCGAUCCACUGGGGUAACUAUGCUUGCAUGAUGAAUAACCUUGCCUGAGAUCUGAAGACUUGCGUUAGCUCCCUAGGGUAAUGCCUUGGCUUUAGCUCAAUGGGAUAACGCGUUCUAAAGGCGCUCAAUGGCCUGGGUAUAUGCGUUUGAAUACCUGUUUGAUCAUUCUCACCCUUAUGUUUUGGGUAUUGGUUGGUUCAUUCUGUGAUGUCAGGCUUGUGUCUGAAAUGCCACCCUAUUCCCUAUAAAGGGCUCUACUUUUGACCAGUUAAAAGUACUCCGUCACACGAGCCAGUCAAAAGUAGUGUACUAUAUAGGGUGCCAUUUUGGACGCACUCAAAUACUGUCCCACCUACGUUGACGAACAGCGCGUAGUGGCUUAUAUCCUGUUGGGUGACGCUUUGUGCCGUACUCUGAGACCACAGUGUGAUCUGACCUUAUUUAAGACGUCUCUCUGUAUCUUUCUACUGCUCAGGUACCGGUAAUACACCUCAGCCCAUUCAGUUCUAGCCAAUGAUGUAGCGUCAUAGACUUAAUGUCAAACAAACUCAACUUUAGCCCAAACUACCCACUAGGUCUUAAGCAAAUGUAGUAGUUCUGAAACUGUUGGAUAGAUGGGUGUAGCAACGCAAUAUGGCAACUAACAUCUCCACCUUGUCCUCUGAUUAGGCUAGGUGAAGUAUUCACCAUGUUGAUACCUAUCCAAUCCUUACAGAUUUACCAAGUGCCCAGAGCUAGGUAUUAUUAUUUUUUUCAAGUGGGUUUGGUAUCGGGGAAACUCAAAAGUGAAAGAGCAGAAUGUUGUUAGUUGGCUGCUUAGUUCAGCUCAGUACUUCUGCCACCCAGGAGUGUAAAAGUAACCAAUUUUGUUUCAAUUCAGGAAGUAAACUCAAUUACAAUUUUUUUCAUUGAGAGACAUUUGGAAUUGGAAUGUCAGUUUAGUUCCAGUACUGAAUUGAAAUGGAAUGAAUGGAACUGAGCCCAACCCUGAAAGUAACCUUGUUCUGUGAUGAGGGGGUCAUGACUACUUCAAUUAAGGAAAUGUGUUUUAUGUUACAAAAUACAUGUAAGAAAGUGUUAAUUUACUUGCUUUGGGUUCUUACUUUUUCCCUAUAGGGUACUAAUAAUAUAGGUUAUAAGAAAUAUAAUGUUUGGUGUGUUAAAAUGGGAGUGGAUACCUAUGUGUGACUGUUACUGCGUGUUGCUCAGGGGUAGAAUGUAUGAAGCAAUAUCAUAUAAUUUGAAAAGUUUGUAGCUUUAAAAACCUCACUGUGUGGAUGGGUGUGUCUUGUUUCUGUGAAUCAGGAAGUCACAGAGAUGGACACCCAAUGAGAUGUCAUGUUGCUUUGUGUAGCCACUCACAAGCUUCUGUACAAAAAUAUACAAAUUUGUUUUUCAUGAAGAUGUUUUCUGUUUUCAUCCUGGGAUGCCUCUUCCUGUAUCUGAUAAAAGGCAUGUUUGGUUAAAUGUGUCUCCGACCCAACUGUCCUCAAUAAAACUGACUUAGUGAAA